AUGGCACCCUCAAACACUCAGAUACUUGUCUCUGAUCUUGCGGAGGACCUUCGCUCGCUGAUCGUUACAGAGAAACAUCUACAAACCACUUUAUCUGAGCUAGUCAUCGGCAUGGCACGCAUCCACACACUUGCCAUUAUCGAGAGAAAGGACUCAACCGAAUGGGCCGUAUUGAGAAGCAAAUUACAAACCGUCCUAGAACGUCCUAGAUACUCCGCCGCAAAGCUCGCCACAGGGAUUCAAGCCUAUCUCGCUUUACAGAAAGAAGUGCCGAAGGAAGAAGUGGACGUCUUACUUGUUGAGCUCUAUUCCUUGAGCGCGAACAUAGCACGAUACGAGUUCAAUGAGCAUAUCGCGCUGGAGGACCUGAUCGCCCGCGCCAAACAUCUGAAACACGAACAACGGCAGGCGAUCGAGGCUCAGCGAACAGUGUCAGCACGCGAAGUGGAUGAGGCUUACAGCAAACUGGAGUCCUAUGAGAAGCAACUGGAAGAGUUACAAGACGAGCAUAUGGUCUUAAGCUGCGCUGUACUGAAAGAGAGCGAGAGCAGGUGGAGAUCCUACCUCUCAAUUUUUCGCACUCCGGCGCCAGUGAGCCGCGCAGCGAGUCCGCCGGCCUCGGAUGAGGAAGAGGAAGACCGCAGGCAGAGUCGCACAGAACGCGCACUGGUUACCCAAGAGCAAAUAUCCGAAUACGUGGACGAGAGCCGAGCGCUUGAGGAGCAGAUCCAGCUGGUGAAGAACGCACUGUCAGAUGCGCGGACCUUAUACGCGAAGAGGCAAGACUCUCUGGACAUCUUCAAGCGCGCGGAUUGGGAGCCGACACGCGACGCCAUGCAUGCCGUGCUCGUGCACUUGACGAAGUAUCGCGAGCAGCUGUGCGUCUUUGUCCAACUCCGGGAUCAGGUGCGCUCGUCGCUCAGCGACUAA